CAUCAAGUCAAUUACAAAAGUCAAGAAGAGGAAAAACAGCAAAGACAUACUAACAGAGAAAAGGAUAAUACCACAAUAAGCUAAUAAAAAGCCUUAAAACUUUCCAAUUAGGGCAGAUCAUUUGAUAAACAAGUUAAAAAUAAUGAAAAUGUAGAUUUAAGGUUUAAGAUCAAGUUUCUAAAAUGUCCAAAAGGUUUAAGUGUGUUGACUUUACAGAGCUCCUUUAAUCAAUCCUCAGCUGCCUGCGGGGGUCCUCUACUCAGGGGCCCCUGAGGGGGGUCGCAAGGGACACAAGUUUUCACAAUGGACUCAAAGUACCACAAUGCAACACAGAAAAUAUCAUCUCCUUGGCUACGGCUUUGGGAGCUACGCCCCAAGAAGUGGGAGGCUUGCCCCUGAAAGGACUCAUUGUAGGGAGGGAUGAGAGUGUGUGCAGCCGCGGUGCAUGUGUGUGUGUGUAAGUGUGUGUGUGAGUGUGUGCGGACCCCCUCCUCCUUAACUAUCCGGUCAGCAGCAGUGGGAUUAGUAAAGCCAGCUCCGAUCACUCACUACUAACACACGAGAGAGGGGGGGGGAUUGCAAAGCGUGAAUCAUGCUCAUCGUCAUUACUACCGACUGGGAGUGGAGCCGAAAUUGUGCAAGAUACGGAUAACAACGAAGGAAGGUCCGUGUGGAUCGAGACAAGUUUUUUUUCCCCCCAGGUCUCCUCAUUCUGCCGUGAAAAUGCCUCAUCAGGAGCUCUGGUGCUGCUGCUGCUGCUGCUCCUCGGUCCCUCACAUGUGCUUCAUGUUGAAGAAGUGACCCAGCACCUGGAAGAAACCUGUACGGAGCAACAAAAAAAACCCAAAAAAACCUCCAACAACGUGCGGAUAUUUUUCAUUUUGUCGCCGUGCGGAGAUUUUCCUGAAGUGGACGAGGGAGGGAAGGAGGUGGAGGGUGGUAGUGGUGGUAGUGGUGGCGGCGGUGGUGGUGGGGGGGGAAGAGUUGUACUUGUUGGUGUGAAAGCGCAGCGGAGGAAACAUGGGGAACGCAGGGAGCAUGGACCAGCACACUGAUUUCAGAGGACACAACAUGCCUCUGAAACUCCCCAUGCCGGAACCAGGUGAACUAGAGGAAAGAUUUGCCAUCGUCUUGAACUCGAUGAAUCUUCCUCCAGACAAAGCUCGACUGUUACGGCAGUACGACAACGAGAAGAAGUGGGAGCUCAUCUGCGAUCAGGAGCGAUUCCAAGUGAAAAACCCCCCUCACACGUACCUCCAAAAGCUGAGGAGUUAUCUAGAUCCUGCAGUCACAAGAAAGAAAUUCAGACGGAGAGUUCAGGAGUCCACCCAAGUCCUGAGAGAACUGGAAAUUUCGUUACGGACCAAUCAUAUAGGGUGGGUGAGAGAAUUCUUAAAUGAAGAGAACAAAGGCCUGGACGUGCUGGUGGAGUAUCUUUCUUUUGCACAGUAUGCCGUCACGUUUGAUGGAGACAGUGUGGAGAACAACCCAGAGGCUGCGAUGGAUAAGUCGAAGCCCUGGAGCCGCUCUAUAGAAGAUCUACAUGGAGGGAGCACCCUGCCGUCUCCCAUCACCGGGAACGGCAUCACGCGAGCCGGGCGACACUCCACGUUACGUUGUAACACACUGCCCAGCCGGAGAACACUGAAAAACUCCAGACUGGUCUGUAAGAAAGAUGAUGUCCACGUCUGCAUCAUGUGCCUACGCGCUAUCAUGAACUACCAGUAUGGCUUCAACAUGGUCAUGUCACAUCCGCAUGCUGUGAAUGAAAUUGCACUAAGUCUCAACAAUAAAAACGCAAGAACUAAAGCUCUGGUCUUGGAGCUCCUGGCGGCGGUUUGUCUCGUGAGAGGAGGCCAUGAAAUUAUUCUCUCCGCGUUCGACAACUUUAAAGAGGUAUGUGUGGAGGAACAGCGGUUCGAGAGGCUAAUGGAGUAUUUCAAGAACGAGGACAACAACAUUGACUUCAUGGUGGCAUGUAUGCAGUUCAUCAACAUCGUCGUGCACUCAGUGGAGGACAUGAACUUCAGAGUUCAUCUACAAUACGACUUCACCAAGCUGUGUCUGGAUGACUACUUAGACAAACUAAAGCAUACGGAGAGCGAUAAACUGCAGGUUCAGAUUCAGGCCUACUUGGACAAUGUGUUUGACGUGGGAGCCCUCCUGGAGGAUGCAGAGACCAAAAACGCAGCGCUGGAGCGCGUGGAGGAGCUGGAGGAGAAUAUGUCACAUAUGACAGAGAAGCUUCAGGACACGGAGAAUGAGGCCAUGUCCAAGAUCGUGGAGCUGGAGAAGCAGCUGAUGCAAAGGAACAAGGAGCUUGAAUCCAUCAGGGAAGUCUACAAAGAUACCAGCUCGCAGGUGCACACGCUGCGGCAGAAGUUGAAAGAGAAGGACGAGGCCAUUCAGCGCCAGUCUAAUUUAGAGAAGAAGAUCCAUGAGCUGGAGAAGCAGGGCACCAUCAAGAUCCACAAGAAGGGAGAUGGAGACAUCUCUAUCCUGCCCUCGCCACCCUCAGGAGUGGAGGGUUUGCCAGGCGCCGUGAUAGGAGGAAACGGUGCAUCUGUCGGUCCAAACCAUGUGGGAAGUGUAGCGGGCACGGCCGCUCAGCCACCACCACCUCCUCCGCCCCCUCCGCUGCCAGAGAACGGCACAUUGCCAAAUGGUCCGUCAUCGAUUAGUCCUGCAGCUGCAGCACCUCCCCCACCUCCGCCGCCUCCACCUCCACCUCCGCCACCUGGACCAGAGAUGUCAGUCCCUCUGCCCCCUCCGCCUCCUCCUGUGGCCCCCCCACUGCCAGGCUGUGGGACCCCAACAGUCAUCAUGAACUCUGGGUUAGCAGAGGGACCCAUCAAACUUUUCUCCGUUAAGAUCAAGAAACCCAUCAAGACAAAGUUCCGUAUGCCCGUCUUCAACUGGGUAGCCCUGAAACCCAAUCAGAUCAAUGGGACUGUCUUCAAUGAGAUUGAUGAUGAGCGGAUACUCGAGGACCUGAAUGUGGAUGAGUUCGAGGAAAUGUUUAAGACGAAAGCUCAGGGCCCGCCGAUCGACCUCAACAUGAGCAAGCAGAAGGUCAUCCAGAAGGGACCCAACAAGGUGACGCUGCUGGACUCCAACAGGGCAAAGAACCUGGCCAUCACACUGAGGAAAGUGGGCAAGACACCGGAGGAGAUCUGCAAGGCAAUUCAGAUCUUCGACCUACGGACCCUGCCGGUAGACUUUGUAGAGUGUCUGAUGCGCUUCCAGCCCACAGAGAACGAGAUUAAAGUCCUGCGGCAGUUUGAAAAGGAGCGGAAACCGCUGGAAAGCCUGACGGACGAGGACCGCUUCAUGAUGCAGUUUAGUAAGAUCGAACGACUUAUGCAGAAAAUGACCAUCAUGGCCUUCAUCGGCAACUUCUGCGAGAGCGUGCAGAUGCUCACACCGCAACUUCAUGCAGUCAUCGCAGCAUCUGUGUCCAUCAAGUCGUCACAGAAACUAAAGAAAAUUCUAGAGAUUAUCUUGGCACUUGGAAACUACAUGAACAGCAGCAAGAGAGGAGCCGUGUACGGAUUCAAGCUGCAAAGUUUAGACUUGCUACUCGAUACCAAGUCGACGGACCGUAAGAUAACGUUGUUACACUACAUUGCCAAUGUGGUACACGAGAAAUACACGCAAGUUUCUCUCUUCUACAACGAGCUGCACUACGUGGAGAAAGCCGCAGCAGUGUCGCUGGAGAACGUCCUACUGGACGUCAAGGAGCUGCAGAGAGGCAUGGAGCUGACUAAAAGAGAAUACAGCAUGCACGGCCACAACACCAUGCUGAAAGACUUCAUCACACACAACGAGAGCAAGCUGAAAAAGCUGCAGGACGAUGCCAAGAUUGCACAGGAUGCCUUCGACGAGGUGGUGAAGUUCUUCGGGGAGAACUCCAAAACCACGCCGCCGUCCGUCUUCUUCCCCGUGUUUGUGCGUUUUGUUAAGGCUUACAGGCAAGCGGAAGAGGACAACGAGCAAAGAAAGAGACAGGAGCAGAUUAUGAUGGAGAAACUUCUAGAGCAGGAGGCCAUGAUGGAGGAAGACCAGAAGUCUCCAUCUCAUAAGAAUAAACGGCAGCAGCAAGAGCUGAUCCAGGAGCUCAGGAGGAAACAGGUGAAAGACAGCCGUCACGUCUACGAAGGAAAAGAUGGAGCGAUUGAGGACAUCAUCACGGAUUUGAGGAAUCAGCCCUACAGACGAGCAGACGCCGUGCGGAGGAGUGUCAGGAGACGCUUUGAUGAUCAGAACCUGCGGCCGGUGAACAACGGCGAAGUGGUCAUGUGAUGAGGGAACAGUGCAUGUGCUCGGGGGUGGGGGUGGGGGUGGGGGGGGAUAGUGAGGCUGUGUAGCGUCAAGAGAUGGAGAGACAGAAGGUUGGAAGAAGAGUGAAGGACGAUAAGUGAAUGAUGGGUGUAGUAGCAACCAUAGAGAUGAGUAUGUGUAUAUAUAUACAGUAUAUAUAUAUAUUACAUAAGAAUACACGUUAUUCCAUGUCUGUGGUAUAGUAGCAGCAGCUUUUCUCUAUGAAGGACUGGGACGUGUGUGGGACUGAAUUUAAAGCGUCUGAAAGGUUGAUUAAGGAACCUUAGACAAGCCAAGUGCCUGAACUUAUUUUUGUUUGAUGACUGUUUUUUUUUUUUUUUUUUUUAAAUAUCCCCACUUCAAGCAAUACAACUUGACCUGGCUUUAAUCUUAAGAUGUGUAAAACUGGACUUGCGGUGGCCUUAAGAGCCACGUGAAGAGAUGCUUCCUCGGAAACAUGAUGUAGAAUGUACGGGACGUGUCCCCUUCAGCUGUUACAAACAUUACAUCUCUGGUGUUGUUAACACUCUGUAGUAUCUUGGUUACAUUCCAGUGCUCGUUUCCAUUCCACAUACUAUACAACGAUUUUCACAUCUCAUGAGGCUUCUCAAUUUCUGCUAAAAGGGCUGAUGAUCAGGCAUGAAGAAAGUGAUCAGAAAGUGAUUAAAAUUCUAUAUUUGUACUUAAGCAAGUAUAAGGAAGAUGAAGAAUGAACGAAAAAGAUUCAAAAGAAGUAGCUUCAAUAAAAGAGCGAGCUAAUGUGAACUGUAUAUAUGAGGCCUCUUCAAACUGGUGCAUACCGACUCCUCUCGCAUCAUUUGUUGCUACAGUUAAAGGGUCAAACCUGAUUUUGUGGAUCUUAAUCCACAGUCGGGUGCACGCUUACAUGAAUUUCCAUUUAAAAUGUUGCAUUUCUGUAGCAGCACAGCAACUGUCUGGUUUCUGGGAACAAAUCAAGCCUGUAAAAGACUUAAAAUGCAUCUUCUGCCACAUGCAGAGAGCGCAAAGAAAGAUACUGAACCUUACUGGAUGAUCUCAUUGUCAAAACUGGAAAUUUAAGUUAGCAUUUUAUCUCUGUAAAUGAUUUACAGAUUUAGUCAUUUUCCCGGCUACUGCGUCUGCUCAUUUAACUGUAAUUUUAAUGUAUAGUAUUUAACCACUGAAAAAGAUUCCUUUAAGUUCAUGUUUUCAUCUAAUGUGUCUCCAUGGUUUUCACAGCACAGUCAUUAAAAACAUGGCAAAAGAAAGUACACGACACACACGAAAAAAAGUUUCCUAACUGUACAGAUAUUUUGCUACAAACCAUGUUUUUUUUUUACUUAAUUCACAUUACCAGAUGGUUAAUAUUGUACAUAUUGUUUAAACAAAGUUUUCAUUGCCUUGUGCUAUACAACUUGAAUGUUAUUUUAACUUAUAGUUUUUGUUUCCAUUUUUUUUUGUAUAUUUAAUUAAGCCAAAUGCAGCCAGAAUCUACAGUAGUGUGUUAAGUCAUAAUGUCUUGCUGUCAUGCAGGAGGCACCGGAUCACUGAAUUUGCUUGUGGGUGUGUCACAGGUGUAUCAAAGCCAGCUACACGAGCAUGAAACAAAAUCUGAAUCUCAAGUGUUGGUACAUUUUAACUCUACAGUUACGCCCGGUUUAAAGUCUUAUCGUACACGUUGUAACUAUUAAAACUAGUUUCAAUUACCUGUGACGAGCUGGUUUUGUGGCCUAGUGAUGCACCCUCCUGUAAUUAUCUCCACUGAAGCAUGUGCUCGCAUCCUUCUGGUUUUCUCUCAACUUCACUGUCUGUAAUAGUGUCAUUUCUCUAACUCUGGAUAAUACUGGCAUGUUUUUUUUUUUCUCUCAUCAGAACUGUAUUUUAGGCAGUUUGUGCUUAUUACAAAAUAACAAGCUUUUUAAAUUAGGUGAUAUGAGAUUUUCAAUGAAUAUGAUCAAAAAUAAACUAUUUACAUUGGAU